UCACCAGAGGACAUGGAUGAAAAUGAAAGUGAUCAGUUCUUGCUGACCAGCAGCCAGUAUCCUAAGGAAGUGGUCAGAAAACGUCAAAAUUCAGCCCGGGAUUCCAGAGGAAGUGAUUCUUCUAGAUGUUCCAGGAAAAGCUUCAGACUGGACUACAGAUUAGAGGAAGAUGUAACAAAAUCAAAGAGAGGGAAAGAUGGGAGAUUCAUUAACCCUUGGCCAACGUGGAAAAAUCCCUCUUUUUCAAAUGCUCUCAAAUGGCUGAUAAUGGAAAAGAAUCAUAGCAGUAUUCCUAGUUCCAAAGAGGAACUGGAUAAAGCACUCCCAGUGCUUAAACCAUAUUUUGUUGAUAAACCCGAGGAAGCAGGAGUGAGAGAAGCCGGCUUGAGGGUUACGUGGCUGGGGCAUGCGACAGUAUUGGUGGAAAUGGACGAACUCAUAUUCCUCACGGACCCCAUCUUCAGCCACCGCGCAUCGCCAUCACAAUGUGUGGGUCCAAAGCGCUUUCGGCCCCCUCCUUGCUCAAUACGUGACCUCCCCCCGAUAGAUGCGGUCCUUAUCAGUCACAACCACUAUGACCACCUGGACUACAACUCGGUCAUUGCUCUGAAUGAGCGAUUCGGCAGUGAUCUGAGGUGGUUUGUGCCUUUGGGGCUCCUUGACUGGAUGCAGAGAUGUGGCUGUGAGGAUGUGAUUGAGCUGGACUGGUGGGAGGAGAACUGUGUCCCCAGACAUGACAAUGUCACCUUUGUGUUUACGCCUUCCCAACACUGGUGCAAGAGGACGCUAACGGAUGACAAUGAGGUUCUGUGGGGCAGCUGGUCUGUCCUGGGACCUUGGAAUAGAUUUUUUUUUGCAGGAGAUACUGGUUAUUGCACUGCUUUUGAAGAAAUUGGAAGAAGAUUUGGACCUUUUGAUCUUGCAGUGAUUCCCACUGGAGCUUAUGAGCCAAGGUGGUUCAUGAAAUACCAGCAUGUAGACCCAGAAGAAGCUGUGAGGAUUCACAUUGAUGUUCAGACGAAGAAAUCAGUGGCUGUUCACUGGGGAACUUUUGCCUUAGCAAACGAGUAUUACUUAGAGCCUCCAGUGAAACUGCGUGAAGCUCUGGAAAGAUACGGACUUAGCGCUGAAGAUUUUUUCGUCUUGAAUCAUGGAGAAUCAAGAUACCUAAAUACUGACAGUGAAACCUUUGAAUAA